GGCUCUUCCCCCGCGCAGCCGCACAGUGGUUCGCUCCGGCCGGCAGCGUUCCCACGGUCCCGCGCGGCUUCCGUCCCUUCCGCCCCGACCCGUGCCGGUGCUGCCAUCAUGGCCAAGAUCAAGGCCCGAGAUCUGCGAGGGAAGAAGAAGGAGGAGCUGCUGAAGCAGUUGGACGAUCUGAAGGUGGAGCUGUCGCAGCUCCGUGUGGCGAAGGUGACCGGCGGGGCCGCCUCCAAGCUCUCCAAGAUACGUGUGGUGCGUAAAUCCAUUGCCAGAGUCCUAACUGUUAUCAACCAGACUCAGAAGGAGAACUUGAGGAAGUUUUACAAGGGCAAAAAGUACAAGCCUCUCGACCUGCGGCCGAAGAAGACUCGUGCCAUGCGCCGCAGGUUGAAUAAACAUGAAGAGAAUCUGAAGACCAAAAAACAGCAACGAAAGGAACGUCUGUACCCUGCCAGGAAAUACGCCAUCAAGGCAUAAAGCCUACCCCAGGUUCUACAUUGUAUCAGCUGAGGGUGUGGCAUUAAAUAGAGUUUCCUUUGGAAGCUGUCA